CCAGCAUUUGUCCUUAAAUUAUGGACUAUGGUUAAUGAUCCAAAUAACCAUGACCUAAUCAAUUGGUAUCAUGAUGGUAAUUCAUUCCUUGUCACUAAUAGAGAACUGUUUGUUCAGAAAAUCUUGCCUAAGUAUUUCAAACAUUCAAAUUUUGCAAGUUUUGUACGUCAAUUAAACAUGUACGGCUGGCAUAAAGUUCAAGAUGCAAGUUCAGGUUCAUUACAUAGUGAUGAAAAAUGGCAGUUCAUUAAUCCUAAUUUCCAAAAGGGUAGACCUGAUUUGUUGGAUAAGAUUGUUAGAAAUAAACCAAAUGAUGAACAUAAUAAUAGUACGCAAGGCAGUGGUGGUGGUAAUAAUCAAUCAAAUGAUGGGAAUGGUACUAAUGGUCAAUUUGAUGUUUCUUUGUUAAUUAAUGAACUAAACACUUUAAAAGCUAAUCAAAUGAAAAUUACUCAAGAGUUAUCAAGGGUAAGAUCUGAUAAUGAAUCUUUAUGGCAAGAAUUAUUUCAAACAAGAGAGAAAAAUUUGGUACAGAAUGAAAAAAUUGAAAAAAUACUACAUUUCUUAGCAAGUGUUUAUGGUAAU